AAUGGCGGGGAUGAUGAGGCUGCUGGGGUCGGUGCGGUCGGGAUGGGUUUUGAAGGGGGCCUUGGAGUGCUGCCCCCAUCCAGGCCCCUGGGGGCGCACUUCCAGUGCCCCCCUCCCCCCCGCAAGUUCAGAUCAAGUGGGAGUUACUCAAAGAGAAAGUUUGGUAAGAAGUUAAGAGGAGAAAAGAAAAACCUCGGAAGACCAUACAUGCCACAAGGUUUACAGACAUGGAAUCCUUAUCUUGGCCUGCCUGGAGCCUAGAUAGUUUAUUUGCAUGAUUCAGCGUCCCUGGGCUCCUUACUUACUUCAGCCCUCAACCCACUUCUCAGAUCUUCUGUUUCUCCACUUAAUUCUUUCCUUAGUGCAACAACAUACACACGCCCACACACCUUCCUGAAGAGAAGAGGCUGGGACAGGAGUUUCUGACAGUUCUCACCAGCCAGAGCUGUCAACUUUAAUGGGAUCAACCCCAACCAAAGAAACAAAAUAAUCACAUUCUAGUAGCUGUGUAUCACCAGUCAGCGCUCUUGGCAACUCCAGCCAUGUCACCCAUUCCUUCCUGGAGAAUUAUAGUAUUUCUGAGUUCCAGAAGAUGUGGGAUGUGGGGAGAGGGAGACUGUAAGAGAGGUCACAGAGUACUAAGGAAGUACGUAAGAACUUUGAAUGCUGAAGACCAGCUGUAUCAGGCUGGAUUUUCUUAAAGAUUUGUAACUUUAUUUCUUAUCCACCCCUUUUAACACACACAGGAACCCCACUUCAACCUGGGAUUGGUAAAGAUUGGGUAACGUCUGAAAUGCAACUGAGCAUUAGAAAUGCUUCAGUAAUUUAAGGGAGUUCAGAAAGGGGGAAAAAGUGUCCCUCACUUCUCUAGGCUGGGUGAGAAAGGAGGACCCCAGAGUGUGGGGAUUGGCCCACCCCAUUGAGAAAGCACCUGUUUUGUCACAGGGGCCUCUGAUUGAGGGUUUAUGUACCUAGUUCUCUAUGUUACUAAGCAGUACUUUCUUCUUGUGUCUGUAUUUCUGUUUACAUGAAAUUGUAGGUGUAUGUCUGACUGUAUCUUGCACUUAUUUGUAUUAAGGUACAUUGUGUAUAUAUACGAGUCACAGUGGUGAGCUAGGGGAAAGGGGGUGAAGACUGAAAAGAGAUUUUUCUCAGAUUGGAAGAAACUCUACUGUCAGACCCUCCUUGGCUUGCCAAGGAGGAAGAUGUUCCAGAGGAAAAUUAUAAGCUUUGUAGGAAAGGAGGAUUGCUGGGUAUAUGGACUUUUCAUUUAGUCCCACCACUUCAUGCAGGAGGCUUGUUAGCUUAAUUAUUAAAACCAAUUUGGGAUCAGGGUCAUCCAAAAUUAGCUUUAGAUUAGGCAAUGGAGAUUAAGGAAAACCUAAUUCCUUAAAUUAAACAAAAAGAAUUUUAUUCACUGUCUUUUUGCUUUAGUCAUCUUUAAUAAAUAUUUUGGUGAAUUGGAAAUAAGUUAACAUUGUCCUUCUGUACUUAAGAUACAGAGAGACUUUUGUUAGUGUUUCUUUGAAGCACCACGUUAAUGGAGGUGAGCCAUUCUUGUAUUUUAUAACCUCCCACUAAAAUACAUGCAGGAAUAAUGCUGAUAUGUAACACUAACCAAAGUACAUUACACUAUUAUUAUUUGCUUAUAUUGCAGCUAUUUGUUUUUGAAACUUCAGCAUAUAACAUGCAUUCAUAGUAUUAGAAACUUGCUUUAUCUUCCCACCUUACUAACCAAGAUAUUCUACAUUUUACAGCCUUUUUAAAAACAUAAAGCCUUCCAUCACAAUUGUAAUGGCUUUAGUCUAGGUGUCAUAACGAAUAAAUCCUUAGACCAAUAAGUAAAAUAAAUAUCACUAUCACAUAUUCACAAUUCAUAGUUACUUAGCUUUAGCUAGAGUUGAAACAUAUGUUUCAGAUUCAAUUAAAUGUGAACAUUCAUGCUUUGGACUCCAACUACUAGAAGAGGCUUUCUGAAAAUUUUGUGAAAGCACUACAGAUUGACAGGGUUGGUCAAAUCCCUUCCUGCCCAAUCCUUAGGCCUAUAUUGGUGACACUCAAUUAACAUUGAAUGAGAAUAGAAUACUCUAUAGGGCACAGAGGGAGCAUAGCUCCCUCUUGUGUGUGAAAUAGAGGAUGCCACCUACAGAGAGGAAGUCACUCAUUCAUAUAUAUUCAUUCAUUCAACCCACAAGCUGAUUAGUAUAUGCUACAUGCAGGGGAUGCAAAGAUGGAGAUUAGAAGCUAACAGGGAGACUGAUGUUCAAACAAUUACAAUCCAAUGUGAUUAUUGUGAUCGUGGAGGUAUAUUCAAAAUGCAAUCAGAACAUUAGAGGUAGGAACAUCUACACUGGCCUAAUGGUGUCAAAGAAAAUUUCACAGAGGAGGUAACAUGAGCUGAGACUUGAAGGGUGAAAAGGAGUUUGCUAAGGAGUAAGAGCAUUCCAGGCAGAGGAAAUAGCAUAUGCAAAGGCAUGAAGAGUUAAAAGAGUAUGUCAGAUUCAGGGAGAGGCCAAUAAUUCAGUAUUGCUAGAGGUUAGGCUGGGCCAAAGAUGGAGGUGCAAUGGUAGAUGAGAUCUGAUCAUAAAGGACUUUGUAUGUGAUUGUGAGAUUAGGUUUUACCUAGAGCAAAGAAAUAAAAUGUUUAUAUUUCCUUGUUAGAAAACAAUGUUCUGGCACCAGGCAAGAUAGAAUGAGACUGAACUAGGGCAGUAGGGAAGGAAAUUCAUGGAUGGUUUCAAGAAAUGUUUAGGAGAUAAGAUGGUCCAUCUUUCCGGCUUAUUUUAUUGAUAACAGUGGUGAUGUCACCAAAGAGACAAAGAACACAGAAUAAAAAGCAGAGCAGAGACAGUGAAUUCAGUUUGGGACCUGUUAAAUCUGAGGCAUCCAUGGGGAAGCCAAGUGAAAAUGUCAAUGGGACAAUUGGCCCAGGUAAGAGGUCUGUCUGGAGACAUAGAUUUGAGAAGCAUCGGCCACGGGAAUAGAUGAUUUUGCCUACGGAAUCAUGAAGAGUACUAGAAGAAAAGAGCCAAGGCAGAAUCCUGGGAAGCAGAAACAUUUCCGAGAGAGGAAGGACUAGCAAAGGAGCCACAAAAGUCAUGACCAAAGGCAGGAGACCCAGGAGAACAUGCUGUCAUGGAGAUUCAAGGAGGACACAUUUGAAGAAAGGGGAAACAGUCCACAAUGCCAAAUACCACAGAGAGGUUAAGAAAGAUGAGACGUGAAAACUUCCCUUUAGAUUUAGCAUGUGAUAACCUAAUGGAGAAGAUGGGAAUGGAGAGAAGCCAGAUUGCAAUGGGUUGAGGAAAUAAAGCAGUGGAGACACCAGCAUAGACUAUUCUUCCCAAAAGCCUGGCUAUGAAAGGGGGAGAGUGAGAUAAGACAGUAGCUGGAGGGGACUGAGAAGUUCAAGGGAGAGGGUCCCUUCUCUUUGUGUUCUUAAGAUGGGAGAAAUUUAAGCAUAUCUUUGAGAGAAGGAGCCAGCAGAGAAAGAGAAGCUGACAAGUUGUGUAGAGAAUGGGGGAUGACUAGGGAAAGGUGGUUGUGAAGGCAGGCAAGAAUUGGAGUGAGAGCCCAGGAGAAAAGGAGAUACCCAUUCCCCUGCAAUGGAAGAAUUGAAGAGUUAAGAAAAAAGCAAAACUUCAUGGGAAAACCGAGGCUCAGAGCUUAUGUGACUUGUCCAAAAGACAGGAUUAAAACUGUCUCUCUGUCUUUUUGCCUGACACUAUGCUACCCCCCCAGAGAUAGCAUAGGAGGUGGCCAGCCUAGAAAGAGAGUGAAAGGCUGGGAGCCACAGGGUAUUAUAGAAGAAUCACAGAAUUUAGAACUAGAGGGGACAUGGAGAUCAUCAUAUCCAAUUGCAGACGAGGAAACCAAGGACCAACGAGGUUGUCAUUUGCCUGCCUAAUGUUUUAAAAUAAGUGAAGAACUGGUUCCAGCCCAGGGUUCUCUCCAACAAGGAUUGGAUAAGGAGAUAAAUGGAGUAGUCAGAUGUCCUCUCUUUCCCAAUCUUGUAGCUUCUAUCUAUUCAUGUCACUCUGUUUCAGGUAUUAUUCUUAGCACUUUACACACGCAAUCUUGUCUCACACUCACAAUGACCCUGUGAGGUAAACACUGUCAUCCUUACUUUUAAUAAAACCAAGUAUCUAUAGGGGUCAAGUAACUUGCAAGAGGCAGAUACAGAAUUCAAACACAGAGCUGCUUAACUUCAAACUUAUUCUUUCACUAUAUCACUUAAUAAGACACUACCUAGCCAGACUAUAAAUAAUGGAGCCUCCUGGGAAAACCAAGGCCCCAGUACAGAUCACACACAGGGAAAUGAGCAGAGGUGGGAUCAUUGAUUGUAAAAUAAGGUGAGCUAAGUUUAUUUCAAUUAUUUUAGAGUUUCCAGAGGAGGAGUCAGGGUGCUUGAGAAAGCUAGACAGACCAGUGUGGGCAGUGCCAGGACCGGGAAUCAGCCCUCUGAUGAUAUCGUUGGAUUAUAUAUUUAGCAAAGCUGUCUGGCCUUUGUUCCUUCGGAAACUGAGAAGGAAAGCCAAUCAUUUUGUAAUCUGUACCAACUUUCACCCUUAUGCCUUCGCUUGAUAGCUGUAUAGUAAAUACAGCUCUUUUUAUGUCCUGUGAUCUGUCUGAUUAGGCUGGAGGCCUGAGAGAGAUAAAAGAGAAUUAUAUUUCUUAAGACAGUCCCAGAGGAAGCAGAGAAGCCUCGAGGGUGGUUGUGGCACUGAUUUAGGGGACCUAAGGGUUAGGAAAGGAGCAUGGGGCAACAGAGAUGGAUUGCCAAGACCCUCAUUCCCUCACAGCCAAAACACAGGGAGAUGGAUGGCAGAGGAGCAAUGGACAGACAGUAGCAGUAGAAUCUGGUGAGCUCCAGAGAUGAGGGAACUGGUCUGGUUUAUUCUUAGCUGUAUCUUCAGCACCAAGAAUAGUACCUGGCUCAUAGACAUAAACAUUUAUUGUCCUACAGCAUACGCCUCCCUGUCACAGUCCCAUCAAAAUGGCUGCUUUUGGACACACAUUCCCCUUCUAUACUGGCCUCAAGCCAAUCUUCCCAAUGGACACCACCUUGGCCGUCAUCAUUGCCAUCUUUCUGACUGCACUGGUCACCUUCAUCAUCAUCCUGCCUGGCAUUCGGGGCAAGAUGAGGGUGUUCUGGCUGCUGCGGGUGGUGACCAGCUUAUUCAUCGGGGCCGUGAUCCUAGUAAUGCCCAGAUUUUCCUGAGUUCCUGUAUGUCCAACUCCCCAACUCCAGCUGUGAAUUUCAGUUCUGAGUGGUUCGUGGGCCAGGUCAGCACCAACACAUCAUACAAGGCCUUCAGUUCCAAAUGGAUCAGUGCUGACAUUGGGCUGCAGGUUGGGCUGGGAGGAGUCAACAUUACACUUACAGGGAUCCCAGUGCAGCAGUUGAAUGAGACCAUCAAUUACAAUGAGGAAUUCACAUGGCGCCUGGGUGAAAACUAUGCUGAGGAAUAUGCAAAGGCACUGGAGAAGGGGCUGCCGGACCCUGUGCUCUACCUGGCUGAGAAGUUCACCCCGAACAGCCCAUGUGGACUGCAUGGCCAGUACCGCCUGGCAGGACACUACACCUCAGCCACACUCUGGGUGGCAUUCCUCUGCUGGCUGCUGGCCAAUGUGAUGCUGUCCAUGCCCGUGCUGGUCUACGGUGGCCACAUGCUGCUAGCCACAGGCAUCUUCCAGCUGUUGGGACUGCUCUUCUUCUCCACGGCCACAUCACUCACACCACCCUGUCCCCUGCGCCUGGGCACUGCUACGCUGCACACUCACCACGGGCCUGCCUUCUGGAUCACAUUGACCACAGGACUGCUUUGUGUGCUGCUGGGCCUGGCCAUGGCAGUGGCCCACAGGAUGCAUCCCCAAAGGCUGAAGGCUUUCUUCACCCAGAGUUCAGGAGAGGAUCCUGCGCUGGAAUGGAAUCCUGAAGAAGGGGGACUCCUGAGUCCUCGCUACCGGUCCACAGCUGAGAGUCCUGAGCCCCAGGACAUUCCCCUGUCAGAGGCUUCCUCUGAGGCAUGCUGUAAGAAGGAGCAUCCCAGAGAGCCUGACUGUACCCUAUAAGGCUCUUCUCCCUGGUGGCACCCGGACUUCCAGUCUGGUUCCAGAUCUUAUUGGAGCCUCAUAAACCACCAGAAAUGACUGCAGGUUGGGUUGUUUCAGCCCCCCAGCUCCAAUCUAUAGGUGGAGAAGGAAAAAGAGGCUUUUCCUUUUAAAAAGCAAAACAAAAAGCCCUAAUAUGCUAAACAGAAAUUGGAGCCACCCAUAAACCCUGUCUCCAUGGUAAGACCAAGCAA